AUGGGGUGUAAACUAAACUCUCCCAAUACCCCAAUUCUCUUCAAAUUUGCCACAAAAAGAUCAAAACUUGGAGGCAAAAGCAUCAAUUUUUCUCCCACUUCCUGUCUCAACAAUCAAAACCAAGAAACACCCACAAAGAUCCCAAAAUCUAAUAUUUCCACUGUUCAUUUCAAGUCUCUCACAGCUUGCAAGCUUGGCAUUUCUAGAUUCCCUGAUUUCCGAUAUAAUGCUGAAGGAGGAACAGGAACUGGGUCUGUCAAGAUCCACGAUGAUAAUAGCAGCAGCAGCCGACUUUUAGUUUCUUUCGAUGUUGGCACCCUUUAUAUCCCACCAUUGACAACUCAAACCACUAAGUUUCUGGGUCUUCCAUUGCCACCGUUUCUGAAGAUUGACAUUCUUCCUGAAUUCUUCCAAGGAAGCAUCAAUCAAGAGUCUGGCAAGGUUGAGCUUGAAUUUGAGUCAAAGUUCAUAUUCUCAAUUGGGAGUUUGUAUAAAGCUCCUCCAUUGCUGGUAAAAACCGUGCUGAGUUCUGAAGAAUCAAGAGGAAUCAUAAGAAGUGGAAAAGGAGAGAGAUUGGAUGAUAAAGGAAAGUGCAGAUUGGUAGGGGUGGCUACUGUUGACCCUAUUGAUGAUUUGUUUCUCAAUUCCUUCCUCUCUCUCCCCACUGAAUGUAUUGCAAACCUCAAUGCUAUAAUCACAUUCUCUUAG